GUCGUAUCAUACCGCAACCCUAAUGGUAUUCUAUUUCUCUCUCCGUAAACUUGCGGUACUUCUUCAAAGCUCCAUCCAUCCAUCCUCCCCAACCAACCAAACUAACAACAUCAAAAACGGGGAACGAAAAAGAAAAAAAAACGCGAGAAACAGAUAAACAACUACGGGUAACUUAUGGCAUCACGCGACGAAGCACCCAAGUUAUCCAGUAGCGUUAAGCUUGUGCUUUUGGGAGAGGCUGCAGUCGGGAAGUCAUCACUAGUCCUUCGCUUCGUGAACGAUGAUUUCCAGGAGAAUAAGGAGCCCACGAUUGGCGCCGCCUUCCUGACCCAAAGGUGUACCCUUCCAAGCCGCACCAUAAAGUUCGAAAUCUGGGACACAGCGGGACAGGAACGCUUCGCCUCCCUCGCACCAAUGUACUACCGCAACGCCCAGACCGCGCUGGUGGUCUACGACAUCACGAAGCCCACCUCUCUCACAAAGGCCAAGCAUUGGGUCAGCGAGCUGCAGCGCCAGGCAAGCCCUGGCAUCGUCAUCGCUCUGGUCGGGAACAAACUCGACCUUGCCGCUACUACCGCUGGCGAUGGGCGGUGCUCACGGCGGAAGCGAGGGCUUAUGCGGAUGAGGAGGGAUUGCUAUUCUACGAGACGUCCGCUAAGACUGGGGAGAAUGUGCAGAAAUACGCUGAGGCCUAGGGGUGGAGCGGGGGGGCUUGGAGGGAGUGGGAGAGGGGGCGGUGCUGGUGCGGGCGGUGGUGCUGGUGGGGAGGGAGGAGUGGGAAUGGCGGUUAGUUUGGAGGAUGGGGCCAGGGCUAAGGAGGGGUGUGCUUGUUAGUUGUGAUAAUACGAUGGGUGCACUGCGGGAGAGGGGUCCUUUUUUCUUUCUUUCUUUUCUUCUUUUCUUUGAAUGGGGGGGGGAGCUCUGAAACCAGCUGUUUUGUAGGGACGGGAGAAUGAGCUGGGUGGCGGUGUGGAUUAGAUUGGUUACGCCCGCUUUGGAAUAUUUUUUUCUCUUUCUCUUUCUCUUUCUCUUUAAUUUUCAUGUCCCGUUCCCUUUUCUCUUUUUUCCCUCUUUCUUUUCCACCAAAACGUAGCUCAUUGUAGUCGUGAACGCGCUAUCUCUCUCUCUCCCCCUCUCCGCUCCAGGUCUGUCGAUCAAUCUCACGGCAUAGCUUAACUCUAUUCUUUCUUAUUAUUUCCUUCCAUUUUUUCUCAUGGUUUCUACGUUAUUGGUAAAUGGAUGGUAGGGCGGGGGGGAUAUAUAACAUGUUUGGGAUAUCGCGGUAAUAACACGUUUUUCGCCACAA